AUGUCCGACGCUCUUGCCAGCUCUUUUCGCGAACACCUUGGAAUACGCCUCGAAGGAAUCGCCCAGGAUCUCCAGAAAACCGGGUACUCGGCUCUGGUCCUGGUUUCCGGCGGGCAGUACUUCUACUUCCGCGACGACCAGCCCGCCCCCUACCGGGCGAACGCCCACUUCCUCCAUUUCUGUCCCCUCGAGGGCCCCGGCCACCUGCUCCUGCUCCGCCCGGAGAAGAAGCCGUUGCUGGCAACCUUUUCCCCCGACGACUUCUGGUACGAGCCCCAGCGGAUCGGCGACGCCUUCUGGACCGAAGGUUUCAAGAUCGUCGAGUGCAGCAGCCGGAAACGUCAGAUCUCCGAGAUCGCGAAGCGGCUGCCGAAGGGGCGCGCCGCCGCCAUCGGCGAGAGCGGGGCGGUGGCCGAAGCUCUCGGUCUGGCGCAGAACCCACCGGCUCUCCUCACCCGGCUGGAUUGGAGGCGCGCCAUCAAGACCGCGUACGAGGUCGAAUGCAUCAGCGAGGCGAACCGCCUGGGGGCCGCGGGACACAUCGCGGCGGAAGGCGCGUUCCAGGACGGCGGCAGCGAGUUGGACAUCCACCGCACCUUCCUCGCGGCGGUCGGCGGCCUCGAGGCCGACCUUCCGUACCCCACGAUCGUCGGUCUGAACGAAAAGGGCGCGGUCCUCCACUACGAGGGAAAGCGAGCGGACGUCCGGAACGGAAAGAGCCUGCUCAUCGAUGCGGGAGCCCGGGUCCGCGGCUACGCCUCCGACAUCACCCGAACCUUCGCCGGGGGGGCGGCCGACGGGCGCUUUUGUUCCCUGAUCACCGCGAUGGAGGGCGCCCAGCAGGCGCUCUGCGAAGGCGUCACGGCGGGUCGCCCCUGGGCUGAGCUCCAUCACGAGGCCCAUCUGUCCCUGUCCGGCGUCCUGAAGGACGAAAACGUCAUCAACCUGUCGUCGGAAGACGCCGUCGCGAGCGGUCUCAGUAGGGUGUUCUUCCCCCAUGGCCUCGGCCACUUCCUGGGCAUCCAGGUGCACGACGUGGGAGGCCACCUCGCCGACCCCGACGGCCGCCGGGCCCCGCCCCCGAAGGCGCACCCCAUGCUGAGGAGCACCCGGACCCUGGAGCCAGGUCACGUCCUGACCGUGGAGCCCGGGUCUACUUCAUCGAGAUGCUCCUCGCCGGGUGGCGGAACGGGCCGGAGUCGAGGCGCGACGCCAUCAACUGGGAGGCAGUCGACGCCUCUGGCCCCCUACGGCGGGGUCCGCAUCGAGGACAACGUCCUGGUCACCGACACCGGCCCCCGCAACCUCACAAGAGAACAUCUCCCAUAG